AAAGAGAUAGAUAGGGCCCUUGAACUUCUCGGUUGACUUCGCUCGGUCUCUCUUCUCUUCUCUCUAUCCUCUCGGAUUGAAGAAUUCUAUUCAGAUCACACAUAAUGUCUUUGAGUCGUUGUGGACGCCAUGCAUCGCGGUUGAUCCCGCUCGCUGGAAGCUCCUCCAGAGCUACUAUCACUGCUAUCACCGCCCGCCCCGGAUCCCAGUUGAAGGCCUCCGCACUGUCGGCCUCAAGGGCUGCUACUGCGCAAUGGCGGGGUGUCUCAUCCUCCAGCCGCGAGGGUCAGCAGAACUUGCUCUCCGCAUCCCUUGAAGAAUCCGACCCCACCGUCUAUGAGAUCUUGCAAAAGGAGAAAAAACGUCAAAAGCACUUCAUCAACCUUAUUCCGUCCGAGAACUUCACGUCGCAAGCUGUCCUAGAUGCGCUUGGCAGUGUGAUGCAAAACAAAUACUCCGAGGGAUACCCUGGCGCAAGAUAUUAUGGAGGUAACGAGCACAUCGAUGCGUCGGAGAGGCUAUGCCAGCAGCGUGCAUUGGAGGCAUACAAGCUCGACCCGGAGGAGUGGGGAGUCAAUGUGCAACCGCUCUCUGGAUCCCCGGCCAACUUGUACGCAAUAUCUGCCCUUCUCAACACUCACGACCGCCUGAUGGGACUGGACCUGCCCCACGGUGGACAUCUGUCACAUGGUUAUCAGACUCCGACUAAGAAGAUUUCCUUCGUUUCGAAAUACUUCGAGACCUUUCCCUACCGUCUCGAUGAAUCCACUGGACUCAUUGAUUAUGAUGCCCUCGAGAAGCAGGCCCUUCUCUACAGACCCAAGCUCAUUGUCGCCGGCACUUCGGCUUACAGUCGUUUGAUUGACUACCCCCGCAUGCGCCAGAUCUCUGAGACCACUGGCGCUUAUCUGCUGAGCGACAUGGCUCACAUCUCGGGUCUGGUCGCUGCUGGUGUCCUCCCGUCUCCUUUCCCCUACUCUGACGUGGUUACAACCACCACCCACAAGUCCCUGCGUGGACCCCGUGGUGCUAUGAUCUUCUACCGCAAGGGUGUCCGCCGGACGGACAAGAAGGGUAACAAGGAAAUGUAUGACCUGGAGAACCCCAUCAAUGCGUCGGUUUUCCCUGGACACCAGGGUGGACCUCACAACCACACCAUCACUGCUCUCUCUGUCGCAUUGAAGCAGGCCCAGUCUGCUGAAUUUAAGAGCUACCAGGAGACUGUCUUGGCCAACGCCCAGGCCCUGUCCGAGAGACUGGGCAAGCCUCUCAGCGAUGGUGGCCUGGGAUACAACAUUGUGUCCGGUGGCACCGACAACCACCUAGUUCUGGUUGACCUGAAGAACCGUGGCGUUGAUGGUGCCCGUGUCGAGCGAGUGUUGGAGCUCUGCGGUGUUGCUAGCAACAAGAACACCGUGCCUGGUGAUAAGUCCGCCCUGAAGCCUGGUGGCCUGCGUCUGGGUACCCCGGCUAUGACCAGCCGUGGCUUCCAGCCUGAAGAUUUCCGCCGGGUGGCCGACAUCGUCGACCGCGCCGUGAUCAUCACCCAGAAGCUUGAUAAGGCUGCCAAGGAGAGUGCUGCUUCCAAGGGUGUCAAGAACCCCGCUACUGUCAAGGCCUUUUUGGAGUUUGUGGGUGAGGGCGACGAGAUUUCGGAGAUUGUGCUCCUGAGGCAAGAAGUAGAGGACUGGGUAGGAACUUUCAGCCUUCCUUGGAAGGAUGAGUAAAAGUAAUGUUCUAUGAUGGUUAGGCUUUCUGAUUUCACUUCCCCUCACUUCAACAUGAUGAUCGUUCCAGUUACUGUCCUGGAAAUCGUCGUCCCCCUUUGAUGAGCUAUCGGCAAUUUAUGAAAUUUUCUUUGAUAUUUGUAUGUAUAAGGAGUACAGAAUCUGUUCAACACACUCGGG